GUCAGGAGUGCCUGUGUCUCAUUGGCAAGCAGCUUAGGGCUGUCUUAAUGUAGAGACAGAAGACCUGACCUCACAGGCCUGGGAGCGUAUCUUUCUUUCCACAGCUUGGUGCUUACCUCGAAGUCUGAUACAGGAAAAAAUUAAUUGAUUUUUUAAACAUCCUUGGAGUACACGGGCUUCGACACCCUCCACUAGCCCAGACCUGUGGCUUUCUUCAAGCAUGGAGAAGCUGGACAUGUUGGCCUUCCUCAUCAUCACCUUAAACUGUAAUGUGACCAUUGUGGGUAUGAUCUGGCUGAUCGUGGCGGUCUUGCUGAAGAUGCUAGUGGUGCUUUUGGCAGGGUCACCUAUCUAUGAGGACGAACAAGAGAGGUUUAUUUGCAACACACUGCAACCAGGAUGUGCCAACGUUUGCUACGACCUGUUUUCCCCAGUGUCACCGCUGCGGUUCUGGCUAGUGCAGAGCCUGGCCCUGCUUCUGCCUUCGGUGGUCUUUGGCACCUACACCCUGCACCACGGGGCGAAGCUGGCUGCAGGGGGAACCUGCAGGCCUCAGGUACCCGACCUGUCGGCUGCCUACCUGGUGCACUUACUGCUACGCAUGCUGCUGGAGGCCGGGCUGGCUUCCCUGCACUACUUUCUCUUUGGCUUUUCUGUGCCUGCCCACGUGUCUUGCUCGCGUGUGCCCUGCUCAGGGGCUGUGGACUGCUACGUGUCGCGGCCCACGGAGAAGUUCCUCCUGAUGCUAUUCUUUUGGGCAGUGAGUGUGCUAUCCUUCCUGCUAAGCUUGGCCGACUUGCUUUGCAGCCUGCGGAGGAGGACACUGAGGACCGUGCAGAGGGUGAAGGGAGAUGCCAGACCAGUCUGCGAAGUCCCUGCACCUCCCCCUUGCCUCUUACAAGAUCCUCAGGGCUAUCUUAGCCAGGGUCAGGUGGAAAAGGAGGACAGACAGGAGGAGCAGGUUGUGCCUGAGUUUCCUUGCAUGUGGACAGCAGAGCAGGGCGACAACAGCAAUGUUGGUCAGGCCAGUUUGUCAGAGAUGCUGCAGCGUUCAGACCAAGAUGUCAGUGAGGCCACUUCCUCAACUGGUGACAGGCUGACAGUGGCUCACACAGCACAUGAGUUCAGAUCCUGCAGAGAGACUUCACCGAACCUGGGGGGCAAAAACACCCGGUCAGAUGAGCUCUCCUUGGCUACCCAGAGCCACCUGGCCAGACACUGUUCAGCCAGCCAGCCUCACGCUCCAGGUAGGCUGGCCACCUCAGGUAGUGCCCCCCAUCUGAGAACCAAAAAGUCUGAGUGGGUGUGA